AUGAAGAAAACCGUCAUUCCCUUGAUCACACUCUUCGGCGCCAUAUUAGGAAGCCCUUUGGACCAUGUUAAGAGAGGAUGCAAUGCGAAUAAUUGCCUGCGAGCAGUCCGGGCAACAGGAAGAGAAUCAAUCGGUCUGAGGUACUGCUCUGAUUUCCUCGGUAUCCGACCAGACUACACUACCGCCACGGAAAUUGAUUUUACAGUAACCUUCGGCGAGGAGACGUUUUAUGAAACUACAAUUACGGAGACUAUUACCAGAACUACAGGCACAGUGGAAACAACCAUCACCGCAGCCCCGUUUAGAAGGCGCGACCAUGACUGGGACCCGGAGGCUGAUGAAGCCUAUCUGAAGGGCCGUUCAAACAUUCUCCAGAAGUGCUCCACCGAUGACGCGAAGAUCACCAGCGCCUGCCGAUGCUUCCUAUCAGACCGACCAGUAAGCACAGAGACCAUAACUGAUUAUACCUGGGUCGUAGAGACGGUCCCAACUUUGACCGAUACAUUUAUCGCCACAGAAACCGUUUCAGUUGAAGCACAAGUAACCUAUCUGCCUAUAAUUAAAAACCCAGGAUUCGAUGACCCGGUUGACCCAUUUCGUGACUGGGAGAUCUAUGACACUGGGUUUGGCUGCUCUGCUUGCACCCAUGAAGUUGCCCCCAAUGCAGGAAGCUCCAGCUCGCCAAAUUCGCUAAAAGCUAUCUGGGUUGAUUCGCUAGGGGUCUUCAGAUUCCAGCAAAAAGUGCAGCUUCAGUUAGGAAAAUGGUACAAAUUUAAAUUUGAAUAUAGGGUUGAGUCUCCGUCAAUGCCCCAGGCGUUCAUCGCUUUCGAGCUUGCGAGAGCCUAUCCAGGAGUAGUCAUCGGUGCUACCAAUCAAUGGCAGACAGCUGAGUCAGUGCCUAUAAUGGCUGAUGAAUGGAAUUCCAGUGACGCUUUGCUAUCGAUUUGGUUCUUUCUACUAGGGGGGGUAUCUGGCCGAACAGAACCCUUCUAUUUUGAUAGUUUCAAAAUUUGGGAAGUUGAGGCACCCCCUCAGGACUCGGAGUGA